GGAAGUACCUGCAGGAUGAUGUCCAGUUGAGUUUAGACGGCCUGCUGCAGCUUACAUCGUGGCAGUUAAGUUAAGUUAACACAGGCGAACGGAUCGUGAAGCUCUUGCCUCGUUACUUCAUCAAUAAUAUCACCUACUAGUUUUCAUCUUUUUAAAACAGAACCGAAAUCUCAAGCGUAUUAUUUACUUUUGCUGAUGUUUAUGCCCGACUGGCUAAGUUCGAUUUCUGAGAAAUAAUGAACUGAGCAUCUAAAUUCAUAUUCACUGUCUACCAGCCUCAGUUCUCAUUCGUUAACAUCCACCUAUCUUUCUUUCUUCUGUGUUUUGGGCUGCAACGAUGGCGCACAAAGUCUUCUAUGAAGGCAGCUUGGAGGAUGCCAUCUCACUUGCCAUCCAAGAGUCGAAGAUGGUGCUUGCCUUCGUAGAUGAUAGUAGUGAAGAAAGUAAGCUAUGGGAGACUGAGUUAUGCACAAACGAAUCUCUGCAAUCACCACUUGAGCAUUACGCUGUGUCCUUACGACUACUCGCAAAUUCUAGAGAGGCUGGUUUUCUGGAGGCUCUAUUUCCCAUCCCGAAGAAACCUACAGUCGUCAUUAUCCAGAAUGGAACACUUAAGGAGUACAUUAAAGCAGGGACGACGAAGGAGGACCUAGUCCGCAGAAUCGCAACUAUUCUUAACACUGCCAGAACUGGUCAAAGUCAACAGCCAACUACAUCUCAAAGAACACCAGCCACAGCUCCGUCAGGGCAUGAGACAGAUGACUUGUAUGACGAUGAUGACGAUGAUCACUCUCAGCAGACACAGAGACCUCAAGCAGAAAGCCCACCAGCCAAGAAAUCUAAAGACCGAGGGAAAAAGAGUCAACAGGAUGCUGCCGAGAGUAACAACAAUGCUAAUUCCGCAGGGCGAACCUACGCGCAGGAGGUUCGGCAACGGAAGGUGCUCGAUGCCGAAGAGAGAAGACGAAUCCUGAGGCGCAUCGAAGACGAUAAGCAGGAGCGCAAGGAACGCGAGGCCCGAGAGAAGAAAGCACGUCAGCUACUUAACGGGUCACAAGAUGGUGAGAGUUCCGCCAGUCAGACCCAGCCUAUACCCCUACCUAUGAGACAACCUGGCGGUUCACGAGGAGAGUACGCCAAUAUCCAGGUGCGACUUUUCGACGGCUCGAUGAUUCGCUCUCGCUUCAAGAGUGAUGCCACGCUGAAUAGCGAGGUCCGUAAGUGGAUCGACGAGGAUCGCACAGAUGGUUACGCACCAUAUACCUUCCGCGUCGUCCUAUCGCCUCUCCCCAACAAGGCCAUCGAGCCCGCCGAGGAGAUCCAAUCUCUCUUAACCCUCGGCCUCGCCCCAUCCGCAACACUCGUCCUAGUCCCCGCUAAAUUCGCGUUGGCAUAUCCUCGCACAGGAGGAUUCUUCUGGCAGAGCUUAGGUGUUUUCUUUAGCAUCUUCGGUGCUGGAUACGGUCUGCUGAGCGGAGUGUUCGGCGGGAUCACGGGGAUGAUAUUUGGUCGUAGACAUGCCCAGCCACCUGGAGACGAUAGAAUCCCGCUCCGGGAUUACCAGGGGUUGGGUGCAAUGAGGACUUCUUCGCGGAUCAGUGGGUUUCAGAAUCCAGGGGAUGCGCGACGAGAUACACAGCUGUAUAAUGGCAACUCGUUGAACUUUGAGCCACGAAGAGAUGAUGACGAGAAUAACUAGGUACCUAGUUAGGUGCUUUAGUCGGAGGCUGAGACUUCAUGGAAAGCUAGUGUGUUAUGUGUGUUAUUAGUGGUGAUAUCGGCGCACACUCGGUUGUGUAUGUGUGCGUAUAUCAAGUUUACCUAUUAGGGACUUGGGCAUGAUCAGAUAGGAAAAAUGAUAUGACUGUUUACGUAUGAA